ACGGAGGGGUUUUGGUCUGUAUAGGGAAAGGAGCUUUGGUCUGUACAGUGGGAGUUGUCAGGAAAGUGUGGAGGCGGUGAGUUCAGGCUUGGAGUGAAGUUGUUGGGGAUGAACACUGGAGCAGAAGUGGAUCUGAAUGAGACUGAGGCCAGUGCUAAUGGCACCUUCGCCAGUGCGUUUGCCCAGCCAACUUGGCAGGUGGUUCUCUGGGCAGUCGCUUACUCAGUUAUCAUCCUGACCGCUGUCUCUGGCAAUGUGAUCGUGGUUUGGAUCAUUCUUGCUCAUCGGAGGAUGCGGACUGUCACCAAUUACUUUUUGCUGAGCCUGGCGGUGGGGGACGCCUCCAUGGCCGCAUUCAACACCGCCUUCAACUUCAUCUACGCCGUGCACAAUGAGUGGUAUUUCGGGCCGCACUACUGCCGUUUCCAAAACUUGUUGCCCAUCACUGCCGUGUUCGCCAGCAUCUACUCAAUGACAGCCAUUGCCCUGGACAGGUACAUUGCCAUCAUCCACCCUUUGAAGCCCAGGCUGUCGUCCAGCUCAACUAAGCUAGUGAUUGGGUUUAUCUGGUUCCUGGCCCUGGCUCUAGCUUUCCCACAGUGUUUCUAUGCCCGCAUUGUGCAAUUAGAAAGCCGAGUGAUCUGUAAGGUGGACUGGCCUGGGGAUGUCGGAGGACAACAUCAAUUGACAUAUCAACUUGUGGUGAUUGUACUGACAUACCUCUUACCAUUGAUGGUGAUGGGAGUCGCCUAUACAAAGGUGGGGAAAACACUGUGGGCCAGCGAAAUACCCGGAGACUCAACAGAGAGAUAUAGUGAGCACCUGAAUGCAAAACGAAAGGUGGUGAAAAUGAUGAUUGUGGUUGUUCUGACCUUUGCCAUUUGUUGGCUGCCCUACCAUUUGUAUUUCAUUCUGGCCAGUUUCAAGAAGGACAUCUAUUAUGAAACCUACAUACAGCAGGUGUAUCUGGGCAUAUUCUGGCUGGCCAUGAGCUCAACCAUGUACAACCCCAUCAUUUACUGCUGCCUUAACAACCGAUUCCGCAUUGGAUUUAAGCGAGCUUUCCGCUGGUGCCCCUUUGUACAUGUCAGUCGCUACGAUCAACAGGAGUUAACGACAGCGGUAAGCUUCCGAAUGACACGCAGCAGCACUUACACUGGAAACAGGAUCGAGACAACACUGAAUAGUCGCAUUGAUUCCAAUCACGAUGAAACUGAGGAGGCAAAGGCAAAAUUCAUCAGUUCACAGACCAUUCUUUGAAACGCAGCUGGUUGUGUAUAGGAUCCCUUCAGAACUGAGGACUAAUAUUGAGACUGUCAGCUCCCACAUGGAGGGAGUUACACUGUCUGGGCUCAAGGAGAAGAAACAGUGAGCCAUUCUCCAAUGCUGGUUCUCAAUUCUUUGAUUCAGACAUCUGAUUUGAUAUUCCUGAAUUUUCUGUACCUGCUCCUGUUCUCCAGUUCUGGUUCCAAUUUUCUGAUCCUAGCUCCUGAUUCCCUGAAACUGCAUCCUGAUUCUUUGUCCAUGUUCCUCCAGAUCCCUGCAUCUCUGACCCAGUAAUCUAAGCUCUCCAGAGAGCUGACCACACUAGACCUGCUGAGGCUCAAAACAACCACUUCAUCAGGCUGAUUGGCAAGUUACAGACCUUUCAUGUAACCUUCAUUCCAAUGUCUACAUUUUGGGCCUUCCACCUUAUCGUCACGAAUGUGCAGGAAGAAUGUAAGUUAUGUAAAUACAAGAUAAAGAAAAGAAAUACUUGCAUUUACAUUGUGCCUUUCACAACCUCAGGGUUUCUCUUUUCAGUAAAUGAAGUAUUUUUUGAGAUGCAGAUAAUGUCGUCGUGAAUAAGGUUGUAAUUGUAAUAAGUCUGUGCACGAAGCAGUUUCAAUUGUCUGUGUAUGGGGAUUGUGAUUUACAAUUGAAUGA